AUGCUCCUGCACAAACUAUUGUCUACAUCGAAAGGAUUGAGAUCUACAAUCCUGUUUGAAUGCGUCCACACCAUUUACACAAUUCAUCCCAAACCUGAUCUGUUUGAGAAGGCCGCCAAAUGUAUUGGGAAAUUUGUCUUGUCCCCUAAAAUUAAUUUGAAAUAUUUGGGAUUAAAGGCUUUAACGUAUGUUAUCCAGCAAGAUCCCAGUCUUGCUCUCCAACACCAAAUGACAAUAAUUGAGUGCCUGGAGCAUCCUGAUCCCAUUAUUAAAAGAGAGACCUUGGAACUUCUGUAUCGAAUAACCAAUGAACAAAAUGUCACCGUCAUUGUACAGAAAAUGCUCGACUACAUAAAUCAAAGCAAAGAGGAAUAUACCAUCAUCAACAUUGCUGGAAAAAUAGCAGAAUUAGCGGAAAAAUAUGCGCCAAACAACGAAUGGUUCAUCCGGACGAUGAAUGCCGUGUUUUCGGUGGGAGGCGAUAAAAUGCAUCCUGACAUUCUGAACAGUUUCUUACGACUUCUUGCUGAAGGCUUUGAAGACGAGAAGGAAGACAUUCAGCUGCGGUUUCAUGCUGUCCAAUCUUACCUGGCGUUACUAGAGGACAAAAAUGCAGUUUAUCCACAGAAAUUUCUUCAAGUGAUGAGUUGGGUAUUGGGGGAGUACAGUUACCUCCUGCAAAACGUGGACCCUGAAGUUGUUUUAGCAAGCUUGUAUCGGAUCCUUAAAAGCCACGCCAGUUGUGAAUCCAAGGCCUGGAUCAUGGCUGCAAUUUCUAAAAUAGCAUCUCGUACGACCGGCUCGAAGACGGUGGAGAGGUUCCUCUUGGAAUUCAAUGCGUCUUUGGAUACCAGCAUGAGGCAGCAGGCGUUUGAAUUAAAAUACCUUUGUGAAAACAAGGAACUGAUGAAGAGGUUGUUUCCGCUGGAUGCCAGCUGUAAGGACAUUGUGGUCGACGCUUCCUUGUCUUUCCUAGAUGGCUUCGUGGCCAAAGGACUGGACCGGGGUGCAUUGCCGUACAAACCUCAUCACCAAAGACAGGAAGAGAAACUGUCCCAGGAAAAAGCUUUGAAUUUUGAACCGUACGGAGAAUCCCUUUCUCGGAGCUUCUCUGCAUCAAGAUUUACCGGCAGACAGUCUCCAACCGGAAUUUCUCUGGGCUCGGAUAAUAGUGUUGAGACAGGACAGAAAGAGAACAACAGUCUGAAGCUCGAAGGCGUAAAGAAAUUGUGGAGCAAAGAAGGUUACCUCCCCCAGAAGAAAAACCAGGAAGAAAAAGAAGAGAAAACCACGGAGGCUGCCCUUCAGGGCGGCCCAUCAGUAGAGACGGUGGCUAGCACUUUCCCAUUGCAGCCUAAGGAAGAAAUGACGGAUCUCACAGAAGGGACGAAAGAAAAGCAGCAGCUGGCUUCAGCACUCUUUGUCGGGCUAGGAGCACAGAAUAGCACUAAUCUGAUGGGGAAAGCCGACCCCGCAGCCCAGAGGUUUACCCAGAAAUCUAAAGCGAAUGAAGCCCUCCCUAAUGAGAGUUCACCGCCUAUGGAAAGCACCCCAGCCGCUUCCCUAUUUCAGGAAGGGUUAACCGGAAAGAAGGACCUUUUUGUAAACAACGGACAUCUCAAGUUCAGGAAAGCUUCCCUACAUUCUCCUGAAGUGCCUGAAUCCAAGGCGAUGCUCGAUCACUCCCAUUCGUUUCCGGAAGGUGGGUUGAAUGAAAAGACCCCGGAUUACCAAUUUUCGCCGUCUCCUUUACUCACCCAUGAUCGCGUGGACAUUUUUCAUCCUUCCCCAAGUUCUCCCGCUCUGGUUCAGAACCAACUUUCACCAACGCCUCGUCUCCCAGAUGAAGCAGCCCGCCAUCCUCAUUCAGACACUUCCGAACUUUGCGGCAAUGAAUCCCUGCUGGUAUACUUUUCUAAAGUCUGGAAAGAGGACCGCCUUCUGAUUUUUUUAUUUCUUGCCAAUAAAAGCCCUUCCGUUCUGAAAGACGUCAAUCUGGAAUUGCAACACUCCGAACAUUUUAAGAUGGUAGAAAAUUUUGGCUGCCAACUUGCUGUGAUAGAAGGUAAAACUAUAGAAAGUUUCCAGAUGCAUGUAGAGAUGGAGAAGCCCUGCUCUUCAGGAAAAAUCUUUGGAUGCAUCAGUUAUCUGCUAGAAUUGGACGUCCAGCUCAGAUUUUCUUUCUCUUUGGAGCUGCUGGAUUUUAUUAGACCAAUGAAGAUGAGCACGGAUGAAUAUGGAAAGCUGUGGCUCUCCAUUUCAAAUGAAGUUAGGCAAAAUCUAAAAGUGGCAUCAUCUCAAGAAACUCUGCCCUCGAUGCUAGACAUCUUUCAACAAAAACUGAAGCUACAUAUUGUUGACAUCAUAGGAAAUGAAGGAAUCGCUGCUUGUCGACUGCUUCCGUCAAUCCCGUGUCUUCUCCACUGCCGGCUCCAUGCUGGGACAUUGGCCUUGUGGCUGAGAUCCCCUUGUCCUGCUCUACCAGACUCUUUACUUUAUCAGUGUCAGAAGGUGAUGGAAGAAUCCUGAAAAACGACACGGUCUCCUUUUUGGACUGGAAUGAAAGAGCCGUGUGGUUGUGCGUUAGGGGUUUAUCAAAUCCAACUUCUGUUCUCCACGGAGUGAAGAUGUAUCUCGGCACCCGUGUGGCUCUCCUUCCAGUGGGAGGGGGAAACCCAUCAGGGUGUUUGCCUGGCAUUGACAUUGGCAGUAAGGUAUGGGUAGCUGAAUUGAGGGACAUGUUACGCAAGGCACCCGUUUUCUAUUUAAUGUAUUUGUCAAACUCAACGGGGGAUUUAUUCGUAGGAUCAGCUACUUGAAUUACUCGCCCCUUAGUGCAGAGAGCCGCCUCCUGCUUAUUUUGCUGAAGCUCUUGGGGUGGUUUCUUAAGCACUUGUGGAAACAACCCGCGGGUCACAAACAUGCAGGGAUAAUCUUCAGUUUGUUAAGUUUAUCCGUGAUUGCACCAUCAAUGCAUCACGGCUGGGUGAUGGCACUGUGGGAAAGUUCUUGACCUGGCACCGGUCACCAUUGACUGUACCUCAACGAUCAGUGUCAGAGUUGGUAGUUGGUCUUCAAUGUAUUUAUGGUAUGGAUAUAUAGUAGGAUGACAGGUUUGUGUGUGUGUGUGUGAUCAAGGAAGUACGUUUUGCCAACACAGCUUGAGAUGAGUUGUGUGAUUCUAGGUAUGCAAUACAGAGUUUCUAUAGUUUUUUGCGUUCAACGUCCAGAUCUUCUGAUUUGGUGAGCUUUUUUAAGUAACACCACCCAUCCACUCACCCCAACGAAAGAAGACUCCGAGGCUGGAGUUUCCUCUAAGUUCCAUUUUAUUAAGAGAUGUCUUAU